UGCACAUGCAAGGACUCAUCUUGACAGGAUUGCCUCUCGAUCACGGCUUGAUAGAUUAGACUGAGGGAUCAUGAAAUGCUCGAGUGAUUAUUGCUAAUUUUUUGACAAUAUUCAGAAAGGAUACCUUGGUCUACCUUGUAUAUCAUGGCGUGUUUUGCUGCAACACUUGGAGUCAUCAUUCUGUCAGGAUUCAUCAACCUGCUCUCAGCAGCAAGCAAAGACACCUGUGACCUCUCCGCUGCUGUUGGACAGAGUCUGACUCUGCCUCUGGGCUAUGAAGGGCUGGUAAACACACAUGUGCUGAAAUGGACUCACAAUAACACACUCAUCUUUUACAGACAGCAAGGCAAAGUGUCUGUUGGAAAGACAGAGGACAUUUCUCCAUCCGGAUCUCUUCUGUUGAAGAACCUACAAUUCUCCAGUGCAGGCAUUUACCAGGCAGAUGUGCUGCAUCCAAAUGGUACUUUAGCUAAAACAUGGAGUGGUCGUCUGUGUGUGAUGGACAAGGCGCCAAAACCUCAACUCACUUACGUCUGUGACUUCAAGACUCGUGCUGUUAAUCUAAAUUGCAUCGUGGCCAAACCUCAGGGUUUGGUGUUCUCGUGGACACUUGAUGAAAAGACAUUAACAAGCGAAACCAGACAAACAUUGAGCAUAUCAUUGGAGCAAUUAAAAGGGGAGAGGAGCUUCACAUGUAGCGUGGCAAACAAAGUCAGCAAGGAGAGGAGUGACACUGUUCGACCAGCCUGUAAGAGUCCAACACCGUCACCACCAUCACCACCACCUUCGCUCUGUUUUAAAUCCAAAACUGUUGUGGCAGUGGCAGCAGGAGGAGUAAGUCUGAUUCUGCUUUUGCUCAUCAUUAUCAUCGUAUUAUGUUGCUGCCACAGACGCGACAAAACCCAAAUGAGACUCCGAGAAAAAGGGGAACUCAGAAUGCUUUCUCUGACCAAGCGAGAGCCCGACUCCACCAGCCCAGUGUAUGAGACGAUGCACCCGAGUGAGGACUCUCCGCCCCCGAGCCCCAAGCAUUCGCAGAGAGCCUGUUACCAGAAUGUUUCUGAGCCUGAAGCUCAGAUGGUAAACAGGCCUUUACAGUUACCCACAGCUGCUGAGGAACAAAAACCUUCACCUGUGCCAAAGCCGAGGACGAAGAAUCCCCAGACAUCAAAUAUCUGAAGGAGCCUCCCUCUGCUGCCAUCCCAGAAACUUUCAGGGACUGAGACAAAAAGACAUUUGUGGCUUGAUAACAUACAACUGAACCAAAAUGAAGAAAACUAUUCAAUUCCACAGUUUUAACCUUGAUAAUGUUUAUCACUGCAACAGUUUGGUUCAUACUGUCCACUGACAAUUGAGUUAUCUGUAAAUGUAAAUGUCUUGGCUUAUAUAUGUGGAAGUUUCAUUCUUUAAUGUUUUAAAGUUCGUCUUUAUAGUUGUUGGGGUUGUGGGUUGGUAAGGAUAUAAAGGAGGUGUCUGAUCCCUGGCACAUUUUCAUGUGAUCUGAUCAUCUUCUCUGUUUUUUGAUUAAUUGUGUAACCGCAGAGCUGAUGUGUUUCCAUGUUAGAAAUGAAGCAAUUUCAUUUCUAGAAAAAAAAGGAGAUUUUUGUGUAAAAAGGUUGUAGAUAAAAGUAGUAGAUUAAAGGAUAAAGCUGGUGAUAUUCUGUAUUUUUCUCAAAAUGAACAAAUCCCAAAACCAACUAAGCAUUUAUAUAUACACAUUCUGUCUUAUUUUCCAACUUCCUUAAUGCUAUCUGUGGCACUCAGCCUCAAGCUGAUUGGUUCCAACUGAAGACAUAAAUCUUUAAAAGCAGGUCACAGACAUAAACUUUAAUACAUAAAAAAAGAAAGGCUGCAUAGUUUUCUAAAACAGCAGGACGCAGUUGUUUUUAGCAAGUGUUUCUCAAACAAGAGCAUAUUGUGUGGGACUGUUUGGAGCGACGACACUUUUGUUGCUUUAGUGACUAUUUCCAACCGCAGGGAUGUGGAUUUGGGACUGCCUGAAAAUAAACUGCAGUCUUCAUGGUAACGAAGGUACAUGUCACAGAGGCCAACUGUCUGGCUCAUUUAUGUGUUUAUAAUAGUUUUUGAACUCACAGCAGGAUACGUUCCAACAGCAUACGGAUUUUGUUUGCGAGAGUUUGACAAUAAGAAAAAUAUAGAAUCUCAGCAGACUUAUCUUUUAACUUUGUUUUUAUAUUAAUUUGUAUAUGAAAACUGUAGCAAAGACAAAAUGGAUGCAAAUGUGAAAAAAACAAACAUGUCUUUAUGUCUUCUGAUACUUUACCCAUUAAUCUUUCAAGAUUAACAACUGAGUUCUCUGUUAUUGAAUCACAUUGUAUGUUUACAUAUAUGGUUUGGAAUAAAUACAAUUGAUCUUUAUA